CUCUCUCUCUUUUCUUUUUCUUUUUAUUUUAUUUUUUCUUACUUUCCCUUUUUUUGUUGGGCCCCUCCAAGUCCUGCAAAAACCUAGCAAAGCAGCAAAAUCUCAUUAUUAAAUCUUCCUCUACCAGCAACUCUCAUUUCCCAUCUCCUCUUCUUUCUUUUUCUUUCAUGCCCUCUUUUAUUUUCUUGCAUAAACUCACUCUUCCAAGUUAAGUUUCUUGUUUUUUUUUUUCGGGUUUUUUUUUUGUUCUUCUAUAGAGAUAUUAUGAUGGCCACUGCUUCUGGGUCUUCGAAAGAAAAAGAAUCUUGGUUGCCAACUGAGUUUCUUUCUAUGGAAAAAGAAAACUUUAACAAGAACGAUUUCUCUGAGUUCAAGAAAUCCAGUUUUACUUUCCCAACUGAGUUCCCUUACGAGUUUGACUCUUUUGGCUGUUCCCCUACUUCUUUAAGCUCACCAGAUGAGUCUGUUAUCGGUUCUACCGAGACAGAAAGCAGCGACGAAGAUGAUUUUCUUGCUGGGUUAACUCGGAGACUCACUCAGCAGCUCACUGUUCAACCUGAGAAAUGGGUUAUGGCCGGGUCACCAGAGUCUACACUGAGCGGAAUCGGAAGCUGGUCGGUUUCAAGUAACGGGAGUCCAAACGGAGUGUUGUCACCGCCAACAACCCCUUUCGGAGUGAAAAAUGAUACAUGGGAUCUGAUUUAUGCAGCUGCUGGUCAAGUUGCUAGGUUAAAGAUGAGUAAUGAAGGCAGCAAGUGCAAUAACUUCCAAGAAAGGGGUUCCCUGGGUUCUUUCAGGACUCAAAAUCAAGAAACUGAACUUAAAAAUCAGACCCAUGCUGGGUUUUACUCUAGCCAGAGCUUUGGUCACUCAGUAUCACAAAUGAAUCAGUAUCAGUGUCAAGUGAGGCAGGAAGAAAUGCUAAAGCAACAGUGUCCUUCAGUUUGGGGAAGGCAGCACGCGAAAGUUGGCUACCAGGCUCAUCCACAACACCAGCACCAACACCCCCACAACCACACUCAGGCACAGAGCCAGUCUCACUACCACCACCAUCAUCAACAGCAGCAGAUCCAGAGUAGAGGCAGAAGUGUUGUUGGGUGUGAAAAUGGUGUUGGAUGUGUGCGUCCUUUGGGUUUACCUCAGUCUGCUUGGCCACCUCUACAAGUUCAAUCAAAUCAGCACCAAAAUUAUCAACAACAUCACCACUCUGGUUCAGGCAUGAGAGCUGUUUUGCUUGGUGGAUCUAAUAGCGUUAAUAAUAAAAAAGAAUGUGCUGGUACUGGUGUUUUCUUGCCUCGUCGAUAUGGCAACAACAGCCCCUCUGAAUCCAAGAAAAAGUCCGCUUGCUCAACAGUUCUUCUCCCAGCAAAGGUUGUUCAAGCUUUAAAUUUAAACUUUGAAGACAUGAAUGGCCAUGCUCAACCGCGUUCAAACACUGGCUUUGCCUCUGAUUAUGAUAUGUUGAUGGCAAGAAGGAAUGCCAUAUUAGCACAGCAGAAGAGAAAUUUACGCCAUGAUGGAGUGGUCCUGAAUCAUGAAGUGCGGUUGCCUCAAGAAUGGACAUACUGAGCCCAAGAACUAUUAUUAUUAUUAUUAGUGUUUGUUUUUUUUGGAUAAAGAAAUUUAAGCAUAGUAUAGAAGGUAGAGAGAAGUAUCUAAAUAGGGUUUUCAUGGUAUUUUGGUUUUUUUACUAUAGGUUUAAAGGAAUUCAAGAAAGCAGAAAUAAGAAAAAUUCCUGGGUUUUUUUUGGGAAAGUUUGCAGAUGAAAGGAAAGCGAAUAGUAGAAGUAGCUGUAGUAGAAGUAGCAGCAGAAGGGUUUUUAGUAUUUUUAUUGUAAUAAGUGGGUUAAUUAUUGUGUUUAUGAAAUAUGGUUCUUCCAGAAGGGAGCAUGGGCUGAAAUUGAAAGUCUUCUCUGUUUUGAAUUUUGGGGUACUCCAAUCUAUGUUUUUGUUUUAUUUAAUUAGGGAAAGGUUAGGCUUUGCUAGGAGGGAGGUUGUGAAAAUUGAUGCAAUACACAACCUUCUUCUAUCUUAUGCUCCUCCUGUACUUGGAAGUUCAAAUUCUAAUAAGAAAAUGGUUAUUUUAUUUUA